AUGUCUGGACUGCGGAACAUAGCAAAAGGAGGGUGGCAUCCGGGCGGCGGCAAAGACAACAGCAACAGCAGCAGCAGUGGAGGAGGCAGUGGUUGGCGGUCCAAGAUCAACGACAAAAUCCCCAGCCGCAUCAACGACAGGAUCCCAGGGAGCACGAGCAAGUCGGAGCGAGAGCGCAUAGAGGCGCGCGAGAACCACGUAUCGCAGCCCCUGACGGCCUUGAGAGACCGUGACUGCCUCUUUCNNGCUCCUCCUCCCAAACACAUCCACUACCAUGGCCAAGCAGCAGCCGCUGGCUCGUCGAGUGCUCUUACCACCACAUCUAGCUACGCCAGCACCCCUGCAAACACGGCCGCUACCCGUGGACUGGGUGCCCCGCUGCCCAAAGAGAUGAUCCAGCAGCAGCAAUACACACACCAACAAGCCCAGCAGGAAGAAGAGGAAGCCUCUCGUCCACCACCAGGCCCAUAUCGAGUCGACACAACGGGCCUGUCGACUUCGAAUCUGCCCAAGCCUCCCGUGCGACGUGUCGACACGGCCUCUCCGUCCUCCAUCUCCACUCAACCCAGACCUCCUCCUCGUCAGAUUGCGCCGUCUCCUGCUGCUCGCGCGCCCCUCCCUCCGCCUCGCUCUACUCCUACGCCUCCCACUGCUCCACUCAGGCAACAGCCCGCAUUACCACCUCGAUUGCCUCCGCGACAGAACUCGCAUCCCGAUCUGAACUCUCCUUCACCUCCUCCUGUCUACCAAGAAGUCCAGCAACCUGCACACGCACCUGCACCAGAUCAAGGCGCAAUGAAUCGACUCGCUCGUGCAGGCGUAAGUGUGCCUGGCUUCGACAUUGGUGCCAGGAAUUCCUCGCCCGUACCUGCCCCUCCUGCAUCCUUCCGCCCACCUCAACCAUCUCAGAUGAAUGAGUUGCAAUCGCGAUUUUCCAGAAUGUCGUCCUCCGACUCCUCACAAACCCAACCAUCACAAUCCUCAAACGGUGUGUCAUCGCGUUUUGGAAACAUGGUUUCGCAGCAAGCAAGCAACCCACAGGUACAGUCCCGUCUAGCAGGGCUGGCUUCCUCGCCAACUGUGCGAAACCAUGCUGCGAACAUUGCCUCAUCCCCUGCUGUACAAAAACAAGCCGUCCAGCACGCCGGCACCUUCGCUUCUGCCUCCGGCGCAUCUCCACAGCAGGCACAGGCUUUACAAUCAGGCNUUCUCGCGAGUCGCUGCUUCGCCUACAGCCAUAAAUAUUGCCACCCAGCACGCUGGUACGGUUACUUCGACAGCUUCAUCCUCGCCGCAAAUGCUGCCGCUGGGAAGAAACCCCGCCGCCGCCGCCAAAGAAAAAAAGAGUUGCAAUCUGAUGUGCCGCCAGUCCCACUUUCGAGCAAACCUAGAUUCUGA